UGCCACUUACACACGCAAACAUCUCACGUUCCAUGACCAACAUUGUCAAUACGUACCAUUUGACUCGUGACGACCGUACGUACGUUGUUAUGCCCUUGUUCCAUGUCCAUGGGCUGAUCGGUGCUCUGCUCAGUACCUUCAAGUCUGGUGGUUGUAACAUCAUUCCUCCAAAGUUCAGCGCAACCCACUUCUGGAACGAUUUCAUCACUGAGAGGGCUACCUGGUACUCUGCUGUUCCAACUAUCCAUUCCAUCUUGCUAAACACUGAACCACCAAAGCAAUUCCCAAAGAUUAGAUUUAUUAGAUCAUGCUCUUCUGCCCUCGCACCAGCUACUUUCCACAAGCUAGAGGAGUUUAUGAAGGCACCUGUUCUCGAAGCAUACGCAAUGACAGAGGCAUCGCACCAAAUGUGCUCCAACCCAUACCCUCCUUUGAAGCGUAAGCCAGGUACCGUUGGUCCUGGCCAAGGUGUUGAUGUUGUUAUCCUGGAUGAGGCUGGUCACGUCUUGCCACAAGGCUCCAUUGGUGAAGUUUCCAUCAGAGGAGCAAACGUCACUAAGGGAUACGCCAACAAUGCAAAGGCCAAUGCUGAGUCUUUUACCCAGGAAGGCUAUUUCAGAACCGGUGAUCAAGGUUUCAUCGAUGAGGAUGGUUACAUCAACUUGACUGGUCGUUUGAAAGAGUUGAUCAACCGUGGUGGUGAAAAGAUCUCGCCAAUUGAGUUAGAUUCCAUCAUGCUUUCCCACCCAAAGGUCAAGGAAUGCGUUGCAUUUGGUGUCAGUGAUGACCACUAUGGUCAGAUUGUCCAAGCUGCUGUUGUCGCUACAGGUGGAUUGAACGCGGAGGAGCUGAAAGAGUUCAUGAAGACCAAAGUGGCUGCUUUCAAGAUCCCUGUCAAGUUCUACUUUGUUGACAAGAUUCCAAAGACAGCUACCGGUAAGAUCCAGAGACGUAAGAUGGAGGACAUCUUUGCUUCCAAGUCGAAGUUGUGAUCUUUUUGAUCUCUUUCCAUAAUAGCGUAUAUUCCUGAUAAUAUAACACAAUAGUUAAGAGUUAUAACUUACAGUCC